AUGUGGUUCCCUCGAGUAAGUAGUCAAGUGGCUCUCCUCGCUGCUGCUGGGGCCUUGGCUUCAGCUUCUAGCUUUAAGAAUGGCGAGUACGACUACAUCAUUGUUGGUGGUGGUCCCGCUGGUAUUAUUACUGCAGAACGCUUCGUUGAGGCUGGCAAGAAUGUCCUCCUCCUCGAGCAAGGUACCGGUCCUACUGUUGCAACUGGCGCAAAUGAGACUCUCCCCUGGAACCGCACCCUGACAUCAAUUGACCUCCCUGGUCUGUCUGCUGAUGUUGGUUCCCUCGAUGUUUGGGAUGAAUAUCUGUGCAGUGAUACUGAAGGAUAUGCCGCCUGUGUGCUCGGUGGUGGUGUGACUAUCAACUAUAUGGUCUUCGUGCACCCUCCAGAGCAUGACUUCGACGACAACACCAACUGGCCCGAGGGUUGGAAAUGGAAGGAUCUCAAGCCUGCUGCUGACAGACUCUACGAACGCAACCCCGGUACUACCUUGCCCUCCGCCGAUGGCAAGCGCUACGAUCAGGGUCUCUACUCUACCCUCUCGAACUUCUUCAGCAAUCUUGGCUGGACUGCCGUUGACAUGAUCACCCAGCCCAACGAAAAGUACCAGGUUUACAGCCACCCAGCAUGGAACAUCAAGGAUCAGGUCCGUGCUGGUCCCGUCCGUACCUAUUUGCCUCUUGCCCAGCAGAGCCGUAAGUUCUCUCUGAGCCUGAACACCAAAGUUGUCCGUCUUGUGCGUGAAGGAAGCCAAGUCACCGGCGUGGAAGUGCAGACUGCCUCCGGCAAGACUGAAGUUGUGACUCUUGCUCACAACGGCCAAGUUGUUCUGGCUGGUGGUGCCCUCGGUACUCCCCGUGUUCUAUUCAACUCUGGCAUUGGUCCCAAGCGCCAGAUCGAGACCGCAAAGAAGAGCGGUAUCGAGGUUCCUCCCAAGCACGAUUGGAUUAACCUCCCUGUUGGUGUUGGUCUCAAAGAUCACCCCAUCUUCACCAUCAUGGCUCAGACCUCCGGCGACUUUGGUAUCCCCGACUACGACUCCAUCUUAAACGGAAGCGAUACCAAGGAUAUCAGCCUUUACCGCAAGUCCGAUGGCCUCUUGACCCAAGGCAAGCACCGAAUGAUCUUCUUCUCCUCCAACGAGAUCAACGGCACCACUCGCUACUACCAGGGCUCCUGCGCCCCCAGUGCUGACUCUGUCUUGGAUAUCACCACCUACAUGACUCAUGGUGCUACUUCCUCCGGUGUCCUGGGUAUCGACAAGAACCAGAAGACUAUCAUUGAGAAGUCUCCAUACCUGCAGACUACUGGUGAUCGUGUUGCUGCUAGAUCAUUCAUCCAGUCGCUCAUUAACGAUUUCAAUGCCCCCAACUCUGGAUUUGAGCUGGAGACCUACACCAACGUCUCUUCUAUCAUCUCCACUCUGUCCCCUGGUAUGCACUACACUUCUACCGCCAAGAUGGGUACCGACGAUGGCCGCAAGGGCGGUUCUUCCGUCGUUGACAUCAACACCAAGGUCUACGGCAUGGACAACCUGUUCAUCGUUGACGGCAGCAUCCACCCUGACCUCCCCACUGGCAACAUUCAGACCACUAUCAUGGUCAUCGCCGAGGCCGCCGCUGCCCGCAUUCUUGCCCAAGAAUAA